UUUGACGUUUGCAUCAUGGCGGAAGCAGUUGUAGAAUCAUCCUUCAUGGAUCCUUUCAAAGAUAUUCUGGUUAAUUAUUUAAUGCCAGAAAAAUGUUAUGACGAGUUCUUUUUACAGUUCAAUCUUCUGCACGUGGACUGUCUGAAGAUUGUAAUCAGCAAAGGCCUGGGCAUUGGGAUCAUUCUUGGUUCUGUAUUAGUAAAACUACCUCAGAUUCUAAAGCUGAUUGGUGCCAGAAGUGCUGAGGGACUGAGUUUUAACUCUGUGCUGCUGGAGCUGUUUGCUAUCACAGGCACCAUGGCCUACAGUAUUGCCAACAGCUUUCCUUUCAGUUCCUGGGGUGAGGCACUUUUCCUCAUGAUUCAAACUGUGACCAUUGGUUUCCUCAUACAGCACUAUGGAGGAAACACCAUCAAAGGUUUGGGGUUUCUGGCAGUAUACUUUGGUCUGUUGGCAGUCCUGUUAUCUCCUGUGACACCAGUGUCGGUCGUUACUACCAUGCAAGCCUCUAAUAUGCCAGCCAUUAUCUUUGGACGAUUAAUUCAGGCUGGUACCAACUACAGAAAUGGCCACACUGGACAGCUGUCAGCUAUUUCAGUGUUUCUGCUGUUCGCAGGCUCCUUAGCACGCAUAUUCACUACAGUGCAGGAAACGGGAGAUUCGCUCAUGGCUGUCACCUACAUCAUCUCUUCUUUCUGUAAUGGUGUGAUCGCAGCUCAAGUCCUCUACUACUGGAACAGCAGCCCUGCCCUCAGGAAGAAGACUGAGUAGAUCCAAACAACAACAGGCAAAUUCAGAGACCACUCAGGUUGACAAAGUGCACUGGACAGCCGAUUGGGGAAUUAGAUGUACUCUAAUCAAAAUGACAGUUCUUGUGAUAUUAAGCUCUGUCCCUUGGUCACUUGUUAAAAGCAUUUAUUGUUAACAUAUCACAUGUAAAUAACAUACAGGCAGGUACAAAUACUUUAUAAUCCACACAUUGACAUAUUCCAGGUGCCCUGAAGUGGACCAAAAAGCCAGUAUGGUGAGGGGUCCUUCUAUAAUAUAGAACUUUUUUCCCCUUUUUAUGGUAGUGGGUUAUUUCAUUUAUUGGACCAUUUUUUAGGGAAGGUGAAGGGUAAGUGUCCAAAGUAUUCUGGAAUUAAACCAUAUUAAAACCUUGUGUAUUAUUACUGACAUACUGUGGUACUGCUCACUUUACCCUGGCUCACUAAAUAUUCACUGAAAUCCAUGUAGCCAUUUUGAAUUCAACGACAAAUCUUUGAAGAAAAAAAAAGUCUGUCAAGAUUUUUGUAAAUAUUAAUUGCAGAAUUGUAAAAAUGACCAAAAUACUUUAAAAGU